UGUGUACUUGUGUAGUAACAACAAUAACAAUAGUAAAGCAGUAAAAAAAUUUACACGCAGCGAAGGUAUAAUACUUACGAGAGAUUGAAUUGUAUACCCAACCAUCGUAGAUUCGCGAGUUAUUUGAGUAUCUCCGGUACCUCGUCAACGUGAUGUGUCAUAUCCUGCGCUCGGCCGGACGUCAUCGGUGAAAUCAGUGCUCCAAAACGCCAAAUUCGACGUCGUCUCUCUAUUCACUAGUAUUUUUUCACAAGACGUUCCUGCUUUUUAAUACACGGUACUAGAGUUUUGCCGAAAUUGUAAACAAUGUCGAGUUCUCUGAAGCCUUAUCUCACAGCAGUGAGGCGUACGUUGACUGCUGCCAUGUGUCUUGAGAACUUUUCAUCCCAAAUAGUGGAAAAACACAACAAACCAGAAGUAGAAGUAAGAGCUAGCAAAGAAUUGCUUCUGACGCCAAUAUUGAUUAGCAGAAAUGCCAACGAAAAAAUUUUCAUUGAGUCGAGUGUGAAUAGCAUGAGAAUAAGCAUAGCUGUCAAACAAGUUGAUGAUUUGGAAAGAAUCUUGUGCCACAAGUUUACAAGAUUCAUGAUGAUGAGAUCAGAAAAUUUCAUGAUUUUGAGGAGAAAACCAGUACCAGGAUAUGAUAUCAGCUUCUUAAUUACAAAUAUUCACACUGAACAAAUGUAUAAGCAUAAAAUAGUGGACUUUGUUAUUCACUUUAUGGAAGAAAUUGAUCGUGAAAUCAGUGAAAUGAAACUUUCUAUGAAUGCUAGAGCUCGCACAUGUGCGGAAGAAUUUUUAAAAAGGUUCUAGUCCAAAAACGCAAAUGGUAUUAAAAUUUGGAGGAAACUAGAAGAGAUGCAAUUAUAAUAUGGAUGUAUUCCGUUGAGAAAAUCACCUAUGGUCUGUUAUCUAUUUCUGGUUUUUGUGCACUCUGGAGUAGUACCGAACUUUUACCUUGUUAUCACUGUUGGUAGUGCAAAGCGGAUAAUCGGCGAACUAAAUGAAGAUGACGAGAAAAAAUGAUGAAUUGUCGAUGAUAAAGUAUGUUUUGUGUACGAAAACACAAGGAAGCAUCAAAUGUAUGAGUGUCAUUUUUCAGUAUGAGUGUAAUGAAUUUUUGAAAUGAAUGAUUCAAAUUUUGUUUUACUGAUUGUAUCGAUGCAUAUUACUUGAUUAUCUUCGCCAUUUAUCAUUACAAUACGAGUGUUGAUGGUUUACUGUAAUUUUUUUUUUCUUUUUCUUAAUUAAGUGUUUUUAAUAACGUUUCUAAAGAGAUAAAAUCGUAAAUGCGUUUAUUUUAAAUCCAAGUUUGUGAUGAAUUUGAAAUUGGUUACAAUGGUGUAAGAGCUGUGCAUCUAUAGUGGUGAGAGCAUUUUUUUAAAUCAUAAUUUUUAUGGACUCUGAUGUAUUUCUUCAGAGUCGCAAUAUUACUUUAAGGUUUGCGAAUAUUACGAGAUUAACAAUCGUAAGUAAGACGCAAUUUUUGUUUUAUUAAUUUUCAAAUCUUUGUUUUGUACAUUUUAUUGUAAUCAAAAAUUUUCCUAUAUCCAUACGUAUAGAUGUAUGGGUGAAUAGUUUACUGCACACCUUGGAUGGUAUGGAAAAAGAAAAAAUAUUCCGUACUUCUGUCCAUGGUGACUUUAAUAUUUUUUGGCCCACCUUGAUGUAAAAUACCACUUUUGCUCUCACGCAGGGAGAGUAAAAGCAUUGUAAAGUCGUGGUAGGUCAAAAAGUAACGUUUUCCUCCAGUUGCCAAUUUCUCGUAACAUUAAUGAAACAAACUUUAAAUCUUAUUAUGAAAAAAAAAGGUAAAAUGAUAAAUAAACGAGCAUCGAAAGAUAUAAGAAUAAGUUAUCACGUACUUUAAAAAAAAGUGUAUAGGCUAACAAAUAACAAUAGUAAACGCUGUACGGGGUCGGUAU